GCUGACAGCUCUCCGCAAAGUUUGAGAGGGCCGGUGCCAUGAGUGAGCUGGGCACGCCGAGGACCAGCGACGGCACCGUCUCCCGCCUGCUCCAUGUGGUGGAGAGUGAGCUCCAGGCGGGCAGGGAGAAAGGAGACCCCACCGAGAAGCAACUUCGCAUCAUCCUGGAGGACGCUCCCCUCUGGCAGAGGUUCAAGGAGGUCACUAAUGAAAUGAUCGUGACCAAAAAUGGCAGACGGAUGUUUCCUGUUCUAAAGAUCAGCGUCACAGGACUGGACCCCAAUGCCAUGUACUCCCUCCUGCUGGACUUUGUCCCCACGGACAGCCACCGCUGGAAAUACGUCAAUGGGGAGUGGGUACCCGCGGGCAAGCCAGAGGUCUCCAGCCACAGCUGCGUCUACAUCCACCCCGACUCCCCCAACUUCGGGGCCCACUGGAUGAAGGCUCCCAUCUCCUUCAGCAAAGUGAAGCUGACCAACAAGCUCAACGGAGGUGGGCAGAUAAUGCUGAGCUCCCUGCACAAGUACGAGCCCCAGGUCCACAUUGUGCGCGUGGGAGGCGCCCACCGCAUGGUCACCAACUGCUCCUUCCCAGAGACCCAGUUCAUAGCAGUGACUGCCUAUCAGAACGAGGAGAUAACAGCCCUCAAGAUCAAGUACAACCCCUUUGCCAAGGCCUUCUUGGACGCCAAGGAGAGAAACCACCCCAAAGACCUUCCGGAGGCUGUCUGUGAGAGCCAGCACGUGGCCUACUCUCACUUGGGAGGCUGGAUCUUUUCCAAUCCGGAUGGCGUGUGCACAGCAGGAAAUGCCAACUACCAGUAUGCAACGCCCUUGCCCCUGCCUGCUCCCCACACCCACCAUGGCUGCGAGCAUUACUCGGGGCUCCGAGGACACCGGCAAGCUCCCUACCCUUCUGCGUACAUGCACAGGAACCACUCUCCCUCAGUGAAUUUGAUAGAAAGCUCAAGCAAUAAUCUGCAAGUGUUCUCGGGAGCCGACAGCUGGACUUCCUUGUCCUCCGCUCCCCACGCCAGCAUCUUGUCUGUGCCCCACACCAACGGACCCAUCAACCCAGGGCCCAGCUCCUAUCCCUGCCUGUGGACCAUCAGCAAUGGAGCCGGGGGCCCUGCUGGGUCAGGCGCAGAGGCUCAUGGCAGCACCCCGGGAGCCUUUCUCCUUGGCAACCCAGCCGUGACCUCACCCGCCUCCGGGCUCCCCACCCAAGCUCCAGCUUCAGCUGGUGUGGAGGUCCUGGGGGAGCCCUCACUGACCAGCAUUGCAGUGUCCACCUGGACCGCGGUGGCCUCACAUCCCUUCCCAGGCUGGGGUGGCCCUGGAGGGGGUGGGCGCCACUCCCCCUCCUCUCUGGACAGUUAGGCAGUGUCCAAGGAGCCUCCGUGAGCAGAGUCCCCUAGGAGUAGAGCACCUAGAAGCCCUGCUCUGAUCCCAGUGGGCCAUCCUGCAGGUCCCGCCUGCCGGUGGGGGCGGCAGGGUGGCGGGAGGUCUCACGGAAGCCCCCUGGGGAGGGUUUAGCUGGUGAUGUGGAUUUGGCAUCUCGCGCUGCUCCGUGGUUUUGGCUCUCCUGUUUUCCUGGAGCGCAUCCUUGCCCUGCUUAGGUGACUGAGGUCUGCUGCGUGCCUUCCUUGUGCCCUGCCCGCUGUCCGCCUAGCUUCCUUCUCUCGGAGGGUGCAAACUGUGAGUGAGCUUGACCAUCACCUAGCAAGGCCACUGCUUCCUAGCUCUGGGCAGCCCAGGAAGGUGGAGGCCCAAGGCCCAGGCUUGUGUCUGCUUUGUGCCAAGAGUCCAGAGCAAAGGAGAGAAAUAUGCUCCUCACAGCUGUGUGCCCAGAGAUGAGGACCUGAGAUCACAUCACUCCCUCGCUCAGAAGCCUUCUGUGGCUCACCUCUGCCUGCACAAUGAGGUCCACCAUCGGGCCUCUGCCUGCUCUCCAGUCUGGCUCCCUGUUAGCCCUGCAGCCUCCCGUUCCAGCCAAGGCAGGUGGCUCCCUGUUCCUGAGCAGCCACUGUACUCUUCACCUCCCUGGAACUCAGGUGUCCUCCUGGCUCCAGUCCACCUCUGAGUCCUGCUCAACUCCCAGGACUACCGCAAUGCCCACACUGACCAUCCGAGCCGGCCUGCUUGAUCUCCCACCCCAGCCCCAGAGCUCACCUGGUCCUGCCUCUCCUCCUGUUGAGGAUCUCCCCUACUGGACUGUCCAGCUCUCCAGGUGAGGCCUGGCCUCCCCGUCUGUGUGCCCCAUAGCACCUGGUACUGUAGACCUUAACUCUUGUAGGUGCCCAAUAAACAUUUGCUGAGCUGAA